AUGUCAUGGCCCUGCGCCGCCUGGCUCGCGCACAUCGCUGCCCGGGGCACUCUCCGCGCCGCCACGCUGACAUCAUGCCGCCCGGUGCGCUUAUCACGCCGCCCGGCGCGCUCUACGCUGCUCGUCGACUCCACGCCUUUAAAGCCGUGGCUGGACGAGUCCUGCUCUUCUAUUGUAAGCCGCGACCUGAAGACAGCUGGUCAGCUCCAGCGUCCUCAAAAGGCCCCCCGACCCCAAAAGCCCCCCGACCCCAAAAGGCACCCCGACCCCAAAAGGCCCUCCGACCCCAAAAGGCCCCCCGACCCCAAAAGGCACCCCGACCCCAAAAGGCCCCCCGGCCCCAAAAGGCACCCCGAGCUCAAAGAUCCCCCGACCCCAAAAUACCCCCUACCCCAAAGGCCCCCAGACCGCCGAUGA